CAGGGUGGUUGUCUGCUCUCCGCACGCGUUGCGUGCUUUUGCCAGCUUCUGUCGCACGCCUAGGCCAGAGCUCCCUUGCUCCUGCAGCUUCUAGCCCGCCAACUUUCUCUCAACUCUGCAAUUUUGCCCGCUAAUCCAGCUCCCCGCCAGUAAUAGCGACCUGUCACGCCCGCCUUAUCGAACCCCACGAAACGACCUCCGCCCGCUGACCCGCGAAUAUUGCAUAUCGAUACUGUCGUCUCCGAGGCGGCUCCGCCCUCCGUUUCUUUCUCCAGCCCUCCUCCUCCUCCUCCCCCAUGCACGAGUUGCUGCUGUAUGGACAGGUCCCCGCCGGCCGCCAUGACCAGGUCCUGAAGAUUCUAGCGGGGGUUGCUGCUAUGCAACCCCACCGCAUCGUCGAGCGGCGCAUCAUCUACAAACCCCAGCGUGAGCCUGAGGAGCCAGGCUCGAAUCUGCGCCGCGGCGGUACCCAGGCUGUUGCUGUCAAGCAGACUAAGCAGACGGCAGCCCCUGCCCUCCACUACACAAAGCUUGUGCAGAGGCUGUCUGAGGAGGAGUUCGGAAUAGACGCUGGGCUGCCGCAUGAGAACACAAAAUCAUUGUCCGCCGACGUACACGACGGACAAGAGCCAGUGUGGUCCAUGCUGUUUGAAGACGUUCCAGACACUGGUGACAGAGGGGUAUCCAUACGCUUCACGAAUACGACCGACCUCCUCUCUGGCGAUCCACAUGCAUUCAUGAUGGCAUCGGGCCCCAACUCCUUCGUCACCGAGUACUAUGUCGAAGGGCACCGCUAUGUACACGGCAACGUCGUCAUCUACCUCCACCGCGUACUGCACGAGCCCGGCGUCCGCAACCUCCAAGAAGCACCCAAGGUCACCCCUCCCUCGUUCUCUUCCCUCGAACUUCUUGACCCCAGUGGUGCAUACAUCUUCGAAGCCAAAGUACGAGUGAAUGAGUUCAAUAACUCGACUGUGCUGGAAUCCGGGGUGAGCGAGCUUAAGAAAUUCCAAAAGGAGAUGAAGGGCUGUGUAGAGCUGGCGUUGCCAGACCGGCUCUCGCUGGACACUCGUGUCAAAUAUAAACCGCCUCACGCUCCUGCUGCCAACACUCAAGCCCGACCUCGUUGAGCUUCGCAAUUGUAUGCUGUGUGAAGACUACGCUCAACCCAAAGCAGGCAUGACACCUCGACGCAGCCAUAGGAGACAAAGAUGCGCUGCUGAGACCGAUCAUACAGACAUUCAAGUGCCAGCAGAAGCACAUUCGCCUCAUGGUAGGAAGGCAAGUCGUAGAAGAUCCCAAUCUUAGCUCUUGCUCGUUUUGCAUCAAACUCUCUGCUGAAGCGUAACGCAUGAAGCGGAACCAUGAGCGCACAGAGAGGAGGCAAGGUUCGCAGGCAGACACUGAAUUUCAAUUGCUUAUUUGGGCUUCGUGCGAUGGUCAAGGUCGAAGAGUGGGACGCACUGCAUUGAUCAUCAUCCCGUGUUGGUUAGGUUGUGAAUAUCAACUGAAUCGCUUCAACAUUUGAGCGAUUUUCUCAACGUGAUUAUCUACAUGGUUGUUAUGCAAGCGAUGCCGU